AUAUAAUCGUUUAAAUGUUAAGUGAAUUUAAUGUUAUUUAUCAUUUUGUAAACUCUAUUUAAGAAUAAAGUGAAAGUCAUUCCCAAGAACUGUUACAUAAGUUUUGGUAGACCUGAAAUCAUUUUGAUUGGUCAGCAGAAUACAGUCCAUCAUGGAGUAUGUCGGUACUACCAAAAGUGACGAAAAUGACAAAUGUUGUAAUCCAACUGUGUGCCCAGAAAUAGUAGCCAAUUCCAAGUCAGAUGAAAAUGCAUCGGAAAAAACAAAUGUAGUUAGAACGGAUGAAGAAAAUGCUAGUGUACAAAAAGAAGAAGAAGAAGAAGAACAAAAACAACAACAACAACAACAACAUACCGAAGAUGCAGCUGCUGCUACAACAUCGCAAAAUAUAUCAGAAGAAAAAAUAGACUUUAAAGUAAUCUACAACAAACAGAAGAUAAAUGUUAAUUUUGCAUUAGAUGGGACCGUGGCUGAAUUGAAAACGCACCUUCAAAAUAUUAUUUCAGUGCCCCAUGUAAUGCAGAAAGUUAUGUUUAAAGGAUUAGCCAAAGAUGAACAAACGCUUAGAAACUUGGGAGUUACAAAAGGUGCCAAAGUCAUGAUAGUAGGAUCAAAACUAGAUGACAUAUUAGCCGUAUCUAUUCCGUCAAAGCAAGACCUCGCUGAUGAAGCUAGUUCUGCUGCAAGUAAGGAACCUUUAUCGCAACAAAAAGUACACCGUAAAGUUCUAGAUAAAGGUAUGCCGGAUGAUGUCAUGCCUGGUAUUUUAGAUAGUAAGGAACCAUUACCUGAAUUUCCUAUCUCCGGAAUGUUGAAUAAAUCUGGCGGAAAAGUUAGGCUUACAUUUAAAUUGGAACAAGAUCAACUUUGGAUCGGUACAAAAGAAAGAACAGACAAACUACCUAUGAACUCAAUAAAAGGUGUCAUUAGCGAACCAAUAACUGAUCAUCCAGAGUAUCACAUUAUGGGUAUACAAUUAGGCACAACAGAAGCAUCAAGAUAUUGGAUAUACUGGGUUCCAGCACAAUACAUAUCAGCCAUCAAAGAUGCUAUUCUUGGAAAAUGGUGUUAUUUCUGAUCAAGUGCAAAUGGAAAUUUUGUUUUCUCGAAAAACAAUGUGUAAUCGAGUGUAAACAUUGACACAAAUACGAUUGUGCUAGUCACACACUUUUAACAGUAAGUAAUAACUUAUUUUGCGUUGAAAUGUCACUAAGGAGUCCCAAUAAAAAUAAUUUGUUUUAGUAAAGAGUAUCUUAUAUAGAUGAUUAAGAUUUCAGUUAAUAAUUACUGUUAUAUGAUAUGCGUCUCUAUUCAUUCUGCCAAUGUUUCAGGUUCUUAGAAUAAACUUUUAAAAGUGCUUUUAAAUUAAUGUGACACAUGACAUAUUCUGUGAUUAUUGGAACUUCCAUAGCUCAUAAUCUAUUACAAUGUUACACAGUUUAAAGUGCAGUUUCUUUUUCUAGGAAGGGGGGGAGUGAUACUGAAAUUAUUACGAUUGCGUUACGUCAAAUUUAUAAAUUGUCAUAAUUAAAAUGUGAAAAUUACGAAAAGAACAUUGUUUUUAUCUGGACGCUUUAACAGAAAAAAAUUGUAGUUAAACGAAUGAAUCAAUUGGAAAAUUUCAAAUUUUUCUGAUUAUUUAAAUACGGGCUUUUGAAAUGUAGAAUGAAAGUGAACAUUUUGUAAAAUUACAUUUGUAGGAAGAAGCGAAGAAAGAAGUUAUGAUGUUGCAUUUACUGACAUUUGAAGUUCGUCGAGAAAUAUUUCAUCUGAUUAAACAUAAUUGUGGAUAUUUUUUUGAAUCAAUUGUUUACUUAUUCAAAAUCAAUUUAUAAGACACAUUUGAAACAAUUUUACAAUUAAAAAGCAAGUUUUUCUUGUUUGCUUUAUACAUUAACCACAUUUAUAAAUUUUAUUACAUCACAGAGCAUCGUAUGAUAAUAAUUAAUAUAUAAUAUUGCAUCUCUAUUUAUCUCUCUUUCUGCGAUAAAAAUGAAAACUUACUGCUUUGUGAUAAUAAGCAAGAUAAUAAUAAAAACUCAAUAUUAAUGUACACUAACAUAAAAUAACAACGAAUUCCACUCUACCUUAAAUUACAAAAUAUACUCGAACUAUUUUCACAUUGGCCUAGGGAUAAAAAAAAAUGAUAUUGUAAAGAUGAAGAAAAAGAAAAAAAAAAAAAAGAAGAUGAAAUUAUAUAUCAAAUCCUUGCUGUCUUGAAAUCCAUACGGAUUGCAUCUCGACGAGCACAAAUAAAAGAUAUUAUGUAGCUUAUUUAGUAUUAUAACUCUUGUAAAUUAGGUUUUAUACCGUGUAAUAUGUGUAAUUUAAAUGGAAGUACUGACACGAUUAAAAAA